ACAUCAAUCAUCACUCUCUCUUCCUUUUCGAUUUUUUCUUUUCAAAGCCAAAGCAAUCCCUCACUACUCCCUCCUGUUCCUUGCCGCACGCCCCAGCGCCCGCAACCUUACCGACCACCGCUCGGCUCGCCUCUGUAUCGCCGCCGCAGCCUCGCUUAGGCGUCUCUGCGAUCUGUUCCGCCACCCCGUCGCACGCUGCACGCCGGUGGAAUCCCCAACGCAAGAAGCCUCAGCGCUGUUGACAUGGCUGAGAAGGACGAGGGAAAGCUGACUAAUCCGACCGAUAAAAGCCGAAUCGGAGCGGACGAACUCGGUUCCUAAUGUUCGCUUCGUUGCGGUCCAACCGAACCGACUGGGAACUGAAAUUGUGUACUUGGUGGUCUCAAGACUUGCAUGUCCCUGAGCAUAAAUCAUUGUCUUCGAUCGCCUCUCCUCUCGUAUGGCUACCAUCGGCGAGAGCUCUUCGUCUGUUCCCAAACUCGCUGACGGAAAGCCAGUGUUGGUUAGGGUUAAGCGCAAAGCUUCCCAAUCUCGACUCGAUGCACUAUGGCUGGAGAUCAAUGAGAGGCCACUCAAGCGACCUCUGCUGGAUUUUGAGAACUUAUCUAUCUCAGAAACAUUCCAGAAUGAGGAACUUAAGACUAAGAAGAUAUUUGUACAGCACGUGGAGACAUUGAAAAGCUCUGAGGCCACUGUUGACAUUGUACAGUCCUUUGUGGCACCUGAUGCUGCUGGCACCGUUGAGAAUAGCGUAAAGAAUGAGGAGCGUAGAAGAAAUUUUAAGAGAGAGAUUCCAAGACAAGAUCAGCUGUUGAGUAAAGCUAGACAAGAACAAGAGGUUUUAGCAAAAAAUGCUCGAUUUGAGCAGAUAUGGAGAAGUAGGAAAGGGGUUAAAGAUGCAAAAGAUGACCAAUUACAUGACAUGUAUCAUAUCUAUGAUAUUGUUCGUCUUGAUACAAACAAAAUAUCAAGUGAAGUACCGGAGCAGGAGUAUAUGUCCCUGGAGGAUCAGAGUAUGUUAUCGAGUUACCUGCCUUUACUAAGGGAGUUUAUCCCAAGUGCUGCUGCAGAAAUUGAGUCAGAUAUACAUGCAAACAUGAUGAAACAAGAUGUGCCUGUAGAUGAUUAUGUAUAUGACUACUACACUGUGAAGAGUGACAUGGAGAUUGCUGAAGACGAUGCCUCUAAUCCAUUUCCUUUGAUACAAGUUGAUGAUUUGGAUCUAUAUGAUGGGCCUGAUGACUCAGAUUACGAAAGCGAUGAUUCAAAUGCUGAAAACAAUCCACACUUUGAUUACCCUGAUGAGGUAUCGGAAGAAGACGACGAGUUGGGGAGUGAAUCUUCAAAUGGUGAAUCAAAAGAUAAUGAUGAUGACAGCGAGAAGAAGCAGUCGUCGGAAGCUAAUGACUCAGAAGAGGAUGACCUGUCAGUGGACAGAGCCCAAUUAUACGAGGAUGAAAUAUAUGGUGAUUUUGAUGAUGAUGAUGCUAAUAGUUUCGAUUGUGACAGUAAUGGUGGUCAUGAUGAGGGUGAGGAUUCGAGAUGGUCCUAUCGUUGAAUUGAAUGUUUGUUCCACCGCAUUCCCUAUCAGCUCAGCUAGUACUAUUUUUUCCAGUGAGAUGAGAUGCUUACUUGUGAGGAAGGCGUUUGUAGGUAGUAAUGAUAGGGAUUUGCCAUUUGAGAAGUUUGCUAUCUGAUCUUCAUGAGUAGAUAUUGAAAGCCAGCCUAUGAGGUCAUGGUUAUAUAAAAUGGAAUGAGUUCCAUUCUGAUGACCUCUGGAAGGGUGAUUUAAAGAACUUCUCAGAAUUCCUAAGGGGUGGUUGUUUAUGCAAUUUUGAUUCUAUUUCUAGAUAUCUGUUUGGCAAA